CUGCUGUGGCGCGCGGCUCUGCGGGACUUCAGUUUUACCCGAUACCGACUUCACCACGGUACACUUUUUGGCAUUCUCAGCACACACGGUGUUAGGGUGAAUGUAAAUUGUGCAGGGGCCAGGAAUUAUGGUGUUCGCAGUGAUGUGGAGACCCGGCAAGCCCGCUGUUUCCUGGCCGCUGUUGCUGCUACUGCUGCUGCUCUUUCUCGUGAUGAUCUGCUCAAUAUGCUCCGCAGAGAUCACAAGUUUGACAUUCAACGACAUCCUGCCAGAGGACCCGAAGCUUUAUGACAAGAUGAGGCCUCCUAAGAAGGAUGGCAGUCCAACUGUAGUAUACUUUCAUGUCACAGUAAUGGGCCUUGACUCCAUUGAUGAAAAUGCAAUGACUUAUGCUGCUGACAUUUUCUUCGCACAGACAUGGAAAGAUGAUCGCCUGAGGCUCCCAGAGAAUAUGACUUCAGAAUACAGGUUACUUGAAGUUGAUUGGUUGAAGAAUAUGUGGAGACCAGACUCAUUCUUCAAAAAUGCAAAGUCGGUGACAUUCCAAACCAUGACCAUUCCGAAUCACUAUAUUUGGCUGUACAAAGACAAAACUAUCUUAUAUAUGGUUAAAUUGACCCUGAAGCUAUCCUGUGCUAUGAACUUCAUUAUCUACCCUCACGACACCCAGGAGUGCAAACUGCAGAUGGAAAGUUUGUCUCACACCACGGAUGAUAUGGUAUUCCAAUGGGAUCCCGAUGUUCCGCUUGUCGUAGAUGAGAACAUAGAGUUACCUCAGUUGCAGCUUGUCAGUAAUAAGACAGAAGACUGCUCGCAAGUUUAUUCUACAGGAAAUUUCACAUGCUUGGAAGUAGUUUUUGUGCUGAAGCGGCGGCUCGGUUACUACUUGUUCCAUACGUACAUUCCCACCUGCCUCAUCGUCAUCAUGUCAUGGGUGUCGUUUUGGAUUAAGCCCGAAGCGGCACCAGCGCGUGUCACCCUGGGGGUAACUUCGCUGCUCACUCUGUCCACUCAACAUGCCAAAUCCCAAGCUGCCCUCCCUCCAGUCUCGUAUCUGAAGGCCGUUGAUGCAUUCAUGUCAACUUGCACUCUAUUUGUGUUUAUGGCCUUGAUGGAAUACUGUCUCGUUAACAUCGUUCUAGGGGAUUCUGAUGGCCCCAAGAGUGUGCCGGAGGCUCCUAAACCCGACAGAGUGUUUGAUUUAGCUGCUAGGGAAAACUCCCGUCUACUGACUGGCCAACCCCCUGCACAGACACUACCUUCUCCAGGCCAGAUGAACAGGAGCAGGGCUAUCAACAUUGACCGAUUUUCAAGGGUCUUCUUUCCACUUCUAUUCGCGAUUUUAAAUGCUACCUAUUGGGUGUUGUUUGCAGAGUUCUUGUAACCUGAGACCGCUACUGCUUCCAGAGGUUUCUAUGUGCAGAACAACAGGACAAGAACCUUCACCUCUGAUAUUAAUUUCAGGGCGAUGGGUGUUCAGAUUGUGGUCUUCUGGGUUGUAUUAGCGCGUAAUCUUGUAGGUAGAAAUCAACGUUUCAGAUAAGUAUGCUGCCUUUCUCUUCAUUUUGAAAUAUGGUACCUACCUAAGUGACUACAGAGAGGAAUGACCCAGAAGACCACAAUCAAAACUAGUUUUUGGCAGUUUUAUUUGGUUAUUGUAUAAUGGUAUAUAAAAAAUUAAGGUCAUAUAGCUUCGGAUCGGGUAUUGUAGGAUUAUCGUGAACACUGAGUCAGAAGGAACUUAAGAGGGCAGCUGUUGUCGUUUAUUUUGAGGUACCAUCCCAAUAAUCUCCUGGAAGCCAUGAAUAGUAUUUAAAUCUCAGUGAGUAUAGCCUAUCACCGGCUAAAAUUCGAUAAUACAUACCUUCAAAAUGCAAGUCAGCCAUGUCACCAAUGUUUAUUUAUUUCAUUUUAAUUUUUACCAUAUAUAUCAAUGUUGACGUUGGCUGUGUUCUUGAAUCUUUGUACCGUGCGGAUGUGGGCAGUGUUAUAAACGUUUCGGAGGUACAAUUACGUCAUCAUUACGGUCGAAAUGAGCAGUUGCUUGAGUGUUUUCUUUGUAUACAGAUUUUGGUCCAAAAUACAAACGAGGGGGAGGGGGGGCUUGUGCCUAGCCCGGGCCAGUAGGGAGAAUGGGCAAGGAAAUGUUAUUAAACGUACCUUUUUAUGGUGAGCAAGUACACAAAGAAAUCUUCCGAAAUUGUUGUUCCCAAGCGGCCACCAUUACUGCUGCCCAACGGCUCAUGUUACUGCAUCAUUUACACGUGACGCCAUAACAAAAAGACUAUUCGUUAAUCCAGCCCUUAUUUGCCACUUACAGAUAAAAAAAAAUGUUAAAUGUAGGGUCAAAAUGGAAUAGAUAUUUUUCCUUUCACUUUAUUGACACAGUACAGUUUCUGCUUCUCUCUUUUGAGGCAUUUAAUUUAGAUUGCCUCAUGAGUAAAUAAAAUCAACCCGCCAAGGGUCAAUUAUGGCACCCAAUUUUAAGUUCCCUUAGGAUACUUACUGUCGACUCUCUACUCUAAUUUGAAAUAAUUAAAGUAACGACGUAGCCAGUGUUGUGUAUGUCGGAAGAAUUUAUACAUUGCUAUAAUAGAGAUAAAAAUUCUUUUUGAGCAGUCGCGACAGAAAACUUUGUGUCUAUGUCGUUGGUAUGGACAUCAAGAAUGCUUUACUCUUCAGCAAAUAUUGUUAGUGUGGUCAAAUGAGCUUGGCGGAUCAUGUGUAAUGCAUGCAUACAAAAAUGCUUAACAAACUUUAAUCGAAACACCUGAAGAUCAUCUGGGGGCCACAGUUGUAGACGGUAGGACAAACGAACAUUUAGGAUGCUUUAGGAUGCAGACUGGACGCAUCUGCCCGGGAUAAGGCCCAGGGUUGAAGUACAAUUAAGUUUCAUAUUCUGAAGAGUAGAAGAUAGUAUCGAUUAGCUGGACGAUUAUUAGCUCCUCAAAAAUAACCCAGCUCAAUAUAGUCAUUUGAUGAAUUGUAAAUGUCUUUAAAAUUGGAGUUGGCAUGAAAUAGGAAAGAAAAUACAUUUGGUACACACACAUGAAUGUAUACAAUGUACGUGUUGUUUACUUGGUCUCAAAAUUCCAAAGAAUUAUUUUAUAUCGCUACAAUCUGUCCCUAGAAUUAUUACACUGAACCAGUGUUUCGUUGUACAUAGUACUAUCACUUUACUUCCAUCAUUAACUUAUCGUAGGUUAUGUGGCGUUAGUUACUUGUUUAUGCUUACACAAAGAAACAGAGCAAGAGGAUUACGAAUGGUGAAUCCUGUAGGAUGUGGACGAAAGCCCUCUCUGCUUAUACAGAAUUUAACUGAAAAGUAGGGGCAAACUCUGGGAACGAGUUCCAAAUACCACACCAAGAAAAAAUGACCAUAUUAACAUGUGCCCGGAAACAUUCAAUUUGUGAGGUACAGCUGAAUGAGUACAUUUAUAAUGACCCUCCAUGAGAUUUAAUGUACGCCUCUACACGUCUCAUGGUCCACCGCCGCAUCCGUUCAAAAGUGCCCGGUUAGUUCCGGAUAGUCUGACAGUCAUCCGUAAUGCGAUGGUGAGGUGCUUCUUCGUUGUCAAAAGGGGCUACAUACACAAGGCAUUUUAGGAUUCCCCACAAGUAAAAAACCAGAGGAUUUAAAUCUCGCGAGGUUGAAGACCAUACAGUGGGUCCUUCUCUACUUAUCCAUCGGUCAUGGGAAGUGUUAUUGUGGACAUCUUGCACAGCAGCGCUAAAAUCUGCCGAAGCCAGAACACCAUCAUCAUGUAUGUACCACAUUCUUUCAGCUAUAACUCACAAAUUAUAUCAGUUAUACCCCCUUUAUGUAAGUACUCUAUUUCCACCUUUGAUAGGGGGGCGUUUUUGAAAAAAAAAAUGUGGGCUUAAGAGUUUGAAGCCCUGGGCUUGGAAAGCUGAAGACUGAAAAGCAGAAGUAUCGGGAAAUGGAAGUAUAUUGCGAUCGCUUUUGAACACUGUUUUGGGCAUUCAGGUUACUUAAGAGGUUGGGAAAUUCUUCACUCGCUCUACGAUUAUUAGCUUCUCAAGAAUGGUUAUGCUUCAUGCAGUACGAUGGUUAUAAUAAAAAUGUUUGCGUUAUCACUUUUUUUUUAUUUAGAAUUAUUACGGUUUAGCAUUACCCAGGAGAGUGGCAUUGUCGUAAUUCAGUUUAUGUAACAAUUACUCGUACCAUUAGUUUUGAUCCAAUCGAAAAAGAAUGUUACAAGGAAGACUAAUAAUACCGAAUUACGUAUGUUCGACCUUCAGUCACGUAAAAAUUAAGUGUCGGAAAAUUGUACACAUAUCAAUUGUGAACCACCUCUUUCAAGAUACCAAUUAUACACAUGAUAUAGAAGCCUCUAGAAGUAAAGAAACUUCAUAUACUCUAUAGUCGAAUUCUUUCAUAUCCUACAGUACAGUAAUUCACUGAGACGUUUUAGUCUAAUCAAUGGCCAGCGCAUACUGCUAAAGUAACAAGUUCAGACAUUUUCUUGUGGUGGAAAACAGCUGUGGGUUCGCGGAGUUACAUCAUAUCUACUGAAUAUUAAGUAUUAUUGGAAAUACAAGUUCUUGUAAAUUAUCCUAACAAUAUUUUAUUGGCGUUUUCAAUUGAUUUAAUCCUUCCAGCCUUCCGGCCUUGGGGUCGA